AUGACUGCUAUCUUCCUGAUGUCCAUGCUUUUUGGCCUUGCAUGUGGGCAAGCAAUGGCUCUUUGUAUUCCAACUGAGUAUAUGAUGCAUGUUGAAAGGAAAGAGUGUGCUUACUGCCUAACCAUCAACACUACCAUCUGUGCUGGAUAUUGUAUGACACGGGACUUCAAUGGCAAGCUGUUUCUUCCCAAAUAUGCUCUGUCCCAGGAUGUUUGUACAUAUAGAGACUUCAUGUACAAGACUGUAGAAAUACCAGGAUGCCCACGCCAUGUUACUCCUUAUUUCUCCUACCCUGUAGCUAUAAGCUGUAAGUGUGGCAAGUGUAAUACUGACUAUAGUGAUUGUAUACAUGAAGCCAUCAAAACAAACUACUGUACCAAACCUCAGAAGUCCUAUGUGGUGGGAUUUUCUAUCUAA